ACUUCUCAAAUCCACCACCCGUUUGCACGGAAAUCUGCGCUUGAAACUCUUCUCUGUGGCGCAUUGCUGGAUGUCUUUCAGCAUCUUCAGAACACAGUAGCUAGCCUGUUAGCUAGAGCUUCAAAAGAUAUGAGCCGCAAAAGAGACCACACUUUUACCGAAACAAGCCUUUCUCCCGACCCCAAAAACGCAUUUAUGGACACUCCGGUGUCUGCAGCGCGACCCGAUGAAGAUGUAUUGGAAUUCGAGCCCGACGAGGAGCUACUCUGCUCGGUGAGCGACAUCACCGAACACCUUGGGAGAAACAUAACAGUGGUGCUCGAGACUGCGUUGUCCGAAAUCAGGAAAAUGGUCAGCGUCAGGAUACGGGUUCUGAAAAUGGAGCUUCGGGAGAAAACGGACGAAAUCGAAGUCUUAAAAACGAGACUAGAGGUGCAAAUAGACGGUAGGGACCCGUAUCAUGGAGGAAUGACCACCGAGGUUGCAUCUGUAUUCAGGAAAGCAGACUUCCAUUCAGGAAGCAAACACAACAACAACGACCACAAGAAAGCCAAACCAGCCAUGCCUGGUGUGAAGAAAGAAAACAUCAAUGCCAUUUGCGACUAUCUGAUGAAAGAUAAGAAUUCACGGGGUGCUGAAACGGACAGCGACCCGAGCAAUCCUUCUUCUGGUAGCGACAGGGACAGCCGCCACGAUCCCCAGCCGCAUUCCCUCAACCAUCUGUGGCCGGACAGUGGCAUUCCUGACGCGGGGCAUGGGGACGGGGAAUCGGACUCGGCCACGGAUGACAUAUUUGACAUGUCGCUACCAUCAGGAAGCAAGCGGAUCCACGACUAUGAGUGGAUGACUGGGGUGGAGUACACGUCGGAUUUGAAAGGUAUGAGGGAGCCUAAAUCGGAGAGUGCCAAAACACCAGAUGAGGAAGAUGAUGAAGAGGGUGACGAGUCAAAAGAAGAAAGGAAUGAUGGAUUGGAGCAUCCCCCAGCCCCUCUCUCCCAUGACACAAACAGCCCCGACUUUCCCCUGCACCCCCAGGGCUCUCCAGGAGGGGAGGGGGACAGUUCUUUGGAGGCCCAUGUGGAUCGACUAGAACCGGGUCAGCAGUUUACCUCCCACACAUACCUCUGCCCACUGUGUGGAACCUUCUGCCCCGACUCCUUGUUCCUAGAGGAGCACCUCAAACUGAUACACGGCGACACCACCGGCACCCACAGCGCCCUGCAGUCCACCUCCAUUGCUCCCCUCUCUCUGGGAGAGGGUAGCAGUGACUCCAAGUGGGGGUUGGCGGGGCUUGAAGGAGGGAGCAUUCCGUCUGGAGCUAGGGGGAUGGGCCUAGCAAGAGGAGGAGGAGUCGGGGGAGGAGUAGGGACGAGGGAGAAGAAAGUGGAAGGGGGUUACGAGUGUGGAGAUUGCGGCCGCCAUUUCAACUACCUGGGAAACCUGCGGCAGCACCAGCGCAUUCACACGGGGGAGAAGCCCUUCAUAUGCCCAGAGUGUGGGGAGAAGUUCCGGCACGCUGCCCGAUUGAAGAGUCACCGGCUGGGGCACAACGGAGGCCAGAGCCCCUUCCCCUGCCCCCAGUGUGGGAAGGGCUUCCCGGUGCUCUCCGGCUUAAAGAGACACCAGCGGGUACAUACGGGGGAGAGUCCCUACGCGUGCCAGCAGUGUGGGCGGCGCUUCAAGGAGCUGGGUAACCUGUACACCCACCAGAGGAUUCACAGUGGUGCCACACCCUACUGCUGCCAGCAGUGUGGGAGGAGCUUCCGCCACCUGGGCACCUACAAGAGCCACCGCUGCACCCCUACACAGUGACAGUGACAUUCUACGCCGUUACCUUAAAGCUAGACUGGCUAACUGCUAAGUCUAGCCUAGCCAUCACAGGAGCCUAUUGAUAUGCUGUUAACUGAGGCAGGAACAUUGUCUGAGUCUAAAGACAAGCCUCAUAUGGACUUAAAAGAGAGGGAGACUGUGCCAUGAUGAAGAAGAGGUCAAAGGGCAUCCUGAUGAAAGCCAUGGCCUCGUUCAAAUAGUACAAAACACAUAAUUCCCUCUUCGGCUCCCUUCCUUGAAGUAAUCACUCAUCUAAUAAUAAUAAUUUUAAUUUAUAUAGCGCUUUUCAUUACAAACAAGAAUCUCCAAGUUGCUUUGAAAACAAAAACAUAUGUAGGGAUCUGGCAGUUCCUGUUUGAUGGUCUUCCACAGCUUCAGAUGUCUAGGCAGGUCAGAAAGGCAACUGGUAGCAGUAGCUUAAGUGGCAGGAGUGUCGAUGAUAAAGACAGGCAUAGAGAAACAUCAGUCAGAUAUUGGUAGACAGGCCUGGAGCUCUUCAUCAGAGAGUCAGGGAGAAUCAUCAGUCAGAUACUGGUGGACAGGCCCAGAACUCUUCAUCAGAGAGUCAGGGAGAAACGUCAGUCAGAUACUGGUAGACAGGCCUGGAGCUCUUCAUCAGAGAGGGAGAAACAUCAGUCAGAUACUGGUAGACAGGCCCGGAGACUCUUAAUCAGAGAGUCAGGGAGAAAUGUCAGUCAGAUACUGGUAGACAGGCCCGGAGCUCUUUAUCAGAGAGGGAGAAAUGUCAGUCCGAUACUGGUAGACAGGCUUGGAGACUCUUCAUCAGAGAGUCAGGGAGAAAUGUCAGUCAGAUACUGGUAGACAGGCCCAGAGCUCUUCAUCAGAGAGGGAGAAACGUCAGUCAGAUACUGGUAGACAGGCCCAGAGCUCUUCAUCAGAGAGUCAGGGAGAAAUGUCAGUCAGAUACUGGUAGACAGGCCUGGAGCUCUUCAUCAGAGAGGGAGAAACGUCAGUCAGAUACUGGUAGACAGGCCCAGAGCUCUUCAUCAGAGAGUCAGGGAGAAAUGUCAGUCAGAUACUGGUAGACAGGCCUGGAGCUCUUCAUCAGAGAGGGAGAAAUGUCAGUCAGAUACUGGUAGACAGGCCCAAAGCUCUUCAUCAGAGAGGGAGAAACGUCAGUCAGAUACUGGUAGACAGGCCCAGAGCUCUUCAUCAGAGAGUCAGGGAGAAAUGUCAGUCAGAUACUGAUAGACAGGCCCAGAGCUCUUCAUCAGAGAGUCAGGGAGAAAUGUCAGUCAGAUACUGGUAGACAGGCCUGGAGCUCUUCAUCAGAGAGGGAGAAACGUCAGUCAGAUACUGGUAGACAGGCCCAGAGCUCUUCAUCAGAGAGUCAGGGAGAAAUGUCAGUCAGAUACUGGUAGACAGGCCUGGAGCUCUUCAUCAGAGAGGGAGAAACAUCAGUCAGAUACUGGUAGACAGGCCCAAAGCUCUUCAUCAGAGAGGGAGAAACGUCAGUCAGAUACUGGUAGACAGGCCUGGAGCUCUUCAUCAGAGAGGGAGAAACGUCAGUCAGAUACUGGUAGACAGGCCUGGAGCUCUUCAUCAGAGAGGGAGAAACGUCAGUCAGAUACUGGUAGACAGGCCUGGAGCUCUUCAUCGGUCACAAAUGUAUUUAUAAAGCCCUUUUUACAUCAGCAGAUGCCACAAAGUGCUUAUACAGAAACCCUGCCGAAAACCCCAAACAGCAAGCAAUGCAGAUUUAGAAGCACGUGGCUAGGAAACACUCCCUAGAAAGGCAGGAACCUAGAGAGGAACCAGGCUCUUCUGGCUGUGCCGGUUGGAGAUUAUAUUAGAAUAUAUGUACAUGGCCAUUAAGACCAGAUCGUUCUUCAAGAUGUUCAGUCGUUCAUAGAUGACCAGCAGGGUAAAAUAAUAAUCACAGUGGUUAUAGAGGGUGCAACAGGUCAGCACCUCGGGAGUAAAUGCCAGUUGACUUUUCAUAGCCGAGCAUUAAGAGGCCGAGAUAGCAGGUGUGAGAGAGGGAGUCAAAACAGCAGGUACGGGACGAGGUCAAUUCGUCAACAGUUGAAACUGGAUCAGCAGCACGACUAGGUGGACUAGGGACCGGAACAGAUAGAGACGUCGUCAGCCCAGGUAGUCCUGAGGCAUGGUGCUAGGGAUCCGGCCCUCUGUGAUGGGAGAAAGAGCAAGAGGCAUGUCGUCUCCUCUGUAAGUAGCUAGGCUGGAUCAUCCACUGUCAAAGAGUAACACCCACCUGGGUGAUGCUUUGGUGGCUAUAAAAGCACCAGAAAAGACCAACGCACCUCAACAAUAGUCUGGAACAAGAGGUGAGUUUCUGCCAUUCCCUCACACCGCAGUCCACAUUCAUAUUUACAGAGCUCUCUGCUUAGGCGACCUCACGGCACCAUGGCAACCCCGGAACUCUGACAUGUCAGAUCUGUGAUUACUUUGAGGAAGGAAGGAUGCAUUUUAGUAGUAUAGCCUUUUGGGAAGAGGACGCACACUAACAGAACAGUGUGACUGCUGCCACCAUGUGGACUUUCUAUGUUACUGCACAAAUGAAGCUUCAUGGUGGCUCUGUCGAGGGCUGACUACGUUUUAACCUCACCUACCAAUGACUUCUGUUCAGAGCAGAUGAGUUGGCAUUUUAUCAUUUGUAAUAACUAUGCUGUAACCUGUAUUACUGACAUUAUAUUCUUUACACGUUGUUGGUAUGUCCACGUUGUUGGUAUGUCCACCUGCAUGAUGAUGAUAUGUAAUUCGCUUUUGUGAUCUGAUAUCAGUAAUCUACCCCUUUUAAAUUCACCCCUCGGUUAACAGGCUAGUUAUCUACAGAGGUUCAGGAAAACGUUCAUUUCAAGGGCAAAGAUAUACCAGUAAAUAAUGACCCCGCUUUUCUCUAUUCACUCUAGUUGUUUAGCUAAAAGCAGUCAGGUGUUUAGAGAGUAGGGACAUGGAGUUUUCUGCAUUAUGAUGCAUUUACAAGACACUACCACGGUCAUGUUAGCCCACCAUUAUUACAAUAUGGGGAAUAUUUCAAUAAUGCUAUGCAAAGAACAAUAUUAAACAUUCAAAAAGUUGUCCCAUCUCUCUCUCUAUAUAUAUAUACACAGUGGGGAGAACAAGUAUUUGAUACACUGCCGAUUUUGCAGGUUUUCCUACUUACAAAGCAUGUAGAGGUCUGUACUUUUUAUCAUAGGUACACUUCAACUGUGAGAGACGGAAUCUAAAACAAAAAUCCAGAAAAUUACAUUGUAUGAUUUUUAGAAUACAUGAUUUUACUUGUUCUCCCCACUGUAUAUGUAUAUAUAUAUAUAUAUAUAUAUAUAUAUGGCUGGCUAAAAGUAUUCCCAAUAUUGUAUGUGAAUGUUGAACACAUAAAGAAUCACCAACUUUUCAAACUGUUUCGGUAAACAAUGAAUAUAAAAAUGGUAGAUGGAGAAAUGCUAAUCAUUGGCCGGCUGCGUUCUAAUAAACAUUCUUAUGCGG